CCUGUAUCCAUCCCUCUUUGUGACCAGGUGUGACGGUGAACAAGGACCCUGAGGCGUGCAUGCGGCACGCGGGCUCGGCCUGCGAGCACAAGUGCGGCAAGGAGCAGGACCCGGUGUGCGGCACGGACGGCAGGACCUACCUCAACAGGUGCAUGCUGCAGGUGGAGAUCUGCAGGAUCGGCAUCCAGCUGUCACACCUGGGCCCGUGCAACAACAUCUCGGCGCACAGGGAGAACUGCCCCGUGAGCUGCGAGCAGGCUCCCAUGGACGGGCCCAUCUGCGGCUCGGACGGCAACGUGUACAAGAACACCUGUCAGAUGAAGCUCCUCACCUGCGGGCAGGGUGUUGUCCGGACCAACAAGAAGCACUGCCAGACGACGCGCCACUGCAGGGAGACGUGCUGGAGAGUGGCCAGGCCCACGUGCGGCUCGGACGGCCAGAUCUACACCAACGCGUGCCGCAUGAAGAGCAAAAACUGCGGGAAGCACGUCUUCGAGGUGCCCAUGUCGUUCUGCAUGACCCAGGAGCGAACCUCUGGCGGCUCCGGCGGCGCGGCGGCCAGCGCGGCGUCCGCGUCCUGCCCGACGUCGUGCGAUGGCGAGAAGGAGCGCCUCACGUGCGGCUCCGACGGCAACGUCUACCGCUCCGAGUGCGAGCUCAAGAUGCUCAACUGCGGGAGCGCGCAGUCCAGGCGGAAGGUGGUGCGGGUGGACGUGGAGAAGUGCCGCGCUAGGAUCAACAAGUGCAACAAGGUCAAGUGCACGGCGCCCUCGGUGGACUCGUGGACGGACCCCGUGUGCGGCACCGACGCGCGCACCUACUCGAGCAAGUGCCACCUGCAAGUGGCGACCUGUCUGAAAGGCAUCCAGAUGGCGCACGUCGGCGAGUGCGCGCCGUUGGCCCAGACCGAGCAGUGCCCCUCGUCGUGCCCCACUGACGACAAGCCCGUCUGCGGCUCGGACGGCAACACCUACCGAUCCGAGUGCGAGCUGAAGCGGGAGACCUGCGGGCAGAAGGUCGUGUCCGUGCCGCAGCAGCACUGCCGCACCACGGCGCUCUGCAACCAGGAGUGCGGCCCCGAGAGGAACUUCGUGUGCGGCUCGGACAACAAGUUCUACCGCAACGAGUGCGAGCUCAAGAGGGACAACUGCGGGAGACACGUGUUCGUCGUGCCCAUGAAGCGCUGCCUCCUGGGCUUCCAGUUCCGCGGCUGCCAGCGCAUCUGCCCGUCCGUGUACGACCCCAUCUGCGGCUCGGACGGCAAGACGUACUCCAACGACUGCUUCCUGGAGUUGGAGAACUGCCGGUCGCGCGCGCUCGUCACCAAGAAGCACCACGGCGUGUGCGGCCAGCCCGUCCCAGAGGCGCAUAACUACCUGUACCGCUAGGCGGCCUCGCCCGCCCCGGACAAGACCCUCAGCGAGACCCUGGAGCGCACUCUGGCACUGGGCCUCGGCCCUUGGAGUGUUCUGGGCAGCGGCCUUCCCUCUAGUCCGCAGCGUCAGCCGGCGUCGGCCGGCGUCGAGAUGGCGCCUCACCGGCUGCAGGUCGCGACUGGAAAUGUCCAGAGAUCGACAAGCAGUGACCCACCUAGGAGGUUUCUUUGGCCUUUCUCUCUUCCCUCACCCAUCGGGCGAGACUUUCGUCUAGAAUCCUCACGCGUGAAAAUUUUUCAACUUUUUAGCAAUUGAAGGUUGCUUUAGCUCGGAGUUCUAUACGAAGCGAAAAAGGCGAGGACACUUCUACUUGGGACGACAAGGAUUUCAGACUGCUCGCUGACUAUUUGCUCACAAGACGGGGGGAUUUAUGCAGUUGUAAGGAGGGCCAAAGAAUCCUACUUCUGCUUUCAAACUAAGGUGGAAUUGGCGCUCUCUUGCCAGCAGUAUAUAUAAAAAGAUUGAAUCAAAUUUUAUUCUUGCAGUAUUUAUUGACAUUCUGUGAUUUUUUUUAAAAAAUGAAUUAGUUUGUAUUAUUUAUUUAUUUGUUGUGUUUGAGAUGUGUAUUUGAAGAUGAUGCUGUGCUGCACAAUGCAACACUGAUGGUUUUAUCUUUUUUUACGUCUUACUUGCCAUGUGCUAUUCUUUUGUAUUGAAGCCUUAAUUUAUUGAUUGCAUAAUUUUCGUAGAGAAUAAUAAAAGAAAGAAAACGUA